AUGGGCAAGACGAGCAGAAGGAACAACCGAAACACAUCAGGAGCUACGCCGGGAGUCGCCAACCGAGCCAGUGCAGCUGUAGCUCCAGUAGCUGCUCCUCCGCCAACGCAAUCUCAAGCCAAUGUGUACUACCCAUCUGAUGGACCAUCUGACGUUGAAUUACUUCAGACGACCUCUCAAUCGUUACAAGCCAAGCUGAAUCAGCUCACGGAAUUGGGUUUGGCGAAUGAUCGAGCUGGAUUUGUGCAACAUUUUGUGCCUCUCGACCUAAGUCCAGGAGAUACGGAAUGCUAUCUACAACAAUUAAGGACAGAUCCAGAAGCUGAGGGGCAAUGGAGAAACUUGGUUGCUGAAAUUGCGGCUAUUCGAAGUGGGCAUGGGGUGGACCGUAUCGAAGGGGAUCAGGUCACCAGAGCAACUUUCUUCUUCUCGCACCCACUGUUGGAUAAAUGCGAUCGAGAAGUAUGCUUUGUUUGUGUCAAUGGGGAGUGGAGAGCCGACGGCUAA